GGCAGGAAGCGCUGGCGGGGGCCGUCGGACAUCCCGGCUCGGCCGCAGGGCGGGCUGCAGUAAAAAACAGAAAAUGGAUACCCACUAACUGACUGUAAGAAUCAUAUAUAAACCAAAAAGCUGACAAAAACUAUGCCUGCUGCGUGAUGUGUACAGUCACUACAGUGAAGCUCUUCCCUCUCCUUCAUAGUUUUGUCCCAUCCACCAGCAGCUUUCAGAAAAGGAAAUUAAAGGCAAGGCUGCGUAUCACAUUUUUGGUGAAUAUCAAGGUUCUGAAACUUCUAAUUGCAUGGCUGAAUCAGAACCUCAGGAAGGACACUAUGAUAACAUGGUAAAGAUGGUGGAGGACUUGAAUAGGGAUUUAGAAAAACUUCUGGAGGAAAUGGAAAAACUAACAGUGCAGGCAACCUGGAUGGCAUAUGACAUGGUAGUCAUGCGUACCAACCCAGACCUGGCCAACUCCAUGAGGCGUUUGGAAGAUGCCUUCCUGAGUUGCAAAGAAGAGAUGGAGAAGAAAUGGCAUGAGGUGCUAAAUGAACCUAAAAGUGAAGAGCAAAAAAAGGAAUAAAUUUAAUUCAGUCAUGGUGGGAGAACUACAUCCCUUCGAAAAUCACUCCAGCCUUUUUGUUUUCCAGCCAUAGAGGUUUCACAGACACUGUGGAAAAUGGAUUGGCUUUCAUUUUACUAAGAACUACCUAUAUGUAUACAUCUAUGGAAGUAUUUUAAUGAGAUCACACAUAUAUAUAUUUAUAUUGUUGAAGGUAAAAGGUAACAAUGUGUCUAUUUUUAUUAUGCUCAUCAGUAAUCCUUGUAGUGUGUGUGCAUACACAACUUACAUGCUUUCUGUGUCUUUCUUCCUGGAAAAUCAUACUCGCUUCAUCGUCAAUAUACAUGGAAUUCUUUGACACCUGAACAAAUAGGGGGGAGCAGAAGGGAGUACAGUGGAUCAUUGCAGUGGUAUUGCACUAGUCCAUGCCUUUCAAGGAAAACUGAAGAAGUACUUUUUUUCCAAAUUAAAAACAGGUGAAAUUCUAGAUUUACAGAUAGGUUGGGUCAGUUUGAUGCGGGAUUCCCAACUAGGUAUUCGCUCACAGAAUUUUAUUAUUCAGAUUGCUUAUCUGCAGUUGUUUAAUAUUGUUUCCUUGGAUUUUUGACCAUUUCUUUGGACUGGUUUUCCCAGAAAGAUUGUUCUUCUCAAUCCCUCUGAAGGUAGCAUCUCGUUUAAGAAAAAAUUGUUUACCAUUAUAGACUGCACUGUGUUUGUGGUGUAGUCUGUGCGAUUGCUGCAGAAACCAAAUUAACCAUGUUAUAAAACAUGCUUUUCUCCAUAUGUUCCUACUGUACAAUAUUUAAAAAGAAAGAGAAGAAAAAAAAAUUACUUUUAUUUUGCAGUCAAGAAAUGGAUUAAGACCACCACCCUGUGGCUUGCAGUUAAUGCAUAAACGAAUAUUUUAUCUGAGAUAGAAGUCAGUGCAAGUUUUGAGAAGGAAUUUCCCUUUCAUUAAAAUCAGCCUCUUUCAACUAGAAAGUAAGCACCAUGUAGCAAGUGAGAGCAUCUCCAUCUCUUUUGAAGAGGCAUUUAAUGAUUUAAAUCAAAUCUCAGUGAUCUGUCAAAAGCUUACUAAGUUUUAGACUAAGUAUUCUCUUGAGAUUAGUUGAUCUCUGUUCAGACAGAAUGUUUAUCCUGCUGACGUGAAACAUAUGUAAGUAAUUUCAACUUUUUUUUUUUUUUCAUUGCUACCAAGUGUUUCUAGAGGUACAAAUGACUAAGAACAUAAACUUUGAAUUCUACUCUUGAUUUUCUGGCAGGUAGGUCUUCAUUCCAGCCACGCUAGGGCAAAAUGGCAGAACAGUAUAAGGAAAAUUGCACUUUUAUUAAGUGCAAAUUAAUCCUUUCUGGAGGAUUUUAAAUGCCAUGUUGUCACUUUGGUACCUUUAACUACAUUGUCUUCGUUCCUUAAGUCUAUGUUAAAAAUUAAAUUCUUUGAAGAAGCACUGUCUUCAACAGCUUACGUAGGAACAUACUGAAUUUUGUGAGACUUUUUGGCCAUAAAUUGCUAAGUAUAGAUUAACUACAGAUUUUCUAGAAAGCUCAGUUUUCAUUUAGAAAUUUAAACCAGGUGGCCAGUGUUAAAAAAAAAAAUUUUUUUUUAAGCCAGGAAAUUUUUUUUAAUCCAGGAGUCCCACUGAGAAUAGAGAACACUUGAAAAAAAAAUUUUUUUAAUUAAUUGUGACAUUCAGUGAAGUUAUGUCUUAUGUGAAGUUAAAUCCUAUUUCCUGUAAUUGGAAGGCUAUGGUGAGUGAGUCUGUCAGAAUACUGUUUCUGCAGAGCGAAGGGCCACGAUCAGAGAGCAUAGCUGUACGGAGAGGAGGCAUCUGGUAACUUUUUCCUCAGUCCUCAAGUCACAUCACUUUACAACUUUUCCUUUCCAAAUUUUGGAAAAGGGGUAUUUUUUUCUGUAUAACUGCUGAGGCAGAAAGCAUUACAGCACCAUCAACAAGAAUCAUUAAAAGCACCUUAAUUCUCUUCUCACCAAGAAGCAGACAAAUGACAGGCUAUGAACCACGGCGCACCAAUUUAGCCUCAAGGACAGGUGCUUACACUGAGUUAGCAGGUCACCCUGCUGUGAAGGAACGAGUUGGUCGAAGAGGUGUUGGAGGUACCUGUGAACAUUUGCCAUUUCUGCCACCCUUUUUCUUGCUCCUGAAAGUUCUCACGCAGGUGACCGUGAACACCUAAUGGUGAUGAACAGUAGGGACAGAAGUUGGAAAGAGAGAACCAAAGGUUGCGGCUCAGAGCACAUCACAUUCUCUGCCUGGAGCACGUACUCUGGCUGAGUAGACUGAGUCUGCCUCUUUCUCCCCAAGAUUUUCUUCCCAGCUGUGCAGUGAUAAACGGACGAGAGUUAGGGAUAUGGACCAGCAUAGGAACAGCACAUAUUCCUUGAAAUGCUAUACAGCAAGAUGAUUAUACUGUCCCUUUACUACUAAAAUAACUUGUGUUUAUUUUAAGUUAGCUUUCUUUUAUUUUUUACGUUGAGAAUCAGCUUGUGGGGAUUGUGAGUUUUGCUUCAUGCAUCUCACCAUCUACCACAUUUCAUCCCAGCUAGAUGCUUUAGGCUUGCAGCACAGACCAGACAGCCCACAUUGAAACACCUUGAUUUCCUGUCACAGGGGUGUGUCCGUAAUUUUCAGUAAAAAGGAUGUGGAGCAACAGCCCCAUCUAGUGCUCACGUAACUUAAAACUGUAAUAGUAACCCGCAUCGCUGGGUUGACAUCUCUUAAUCACCCAUCGCCGAAGAUUUCUGUAAUGAAAAGUGUCAGCAGCAGUUUAGCUGUAUGUUCAUUCGCAGUGAACUCCACUUUUGUGACCUGAGGCUGUACAGCAGUUACUCACAGGUGUUUCCUGUACUGUAUUUAAGACAAAGCAUGUUUUUUUUCUCUUGCUAUAAAAGCAAGAAAAGUUGGCACUGGUGCACUGCCCAUCUGUACACCUAAAUACAGCAGUAAGGAAUUUUGUUUUCUUCUUUAUUAAUUCUUUAACCUCUUUUAAGUAACACUAUAUAAGCAAGUCACAAAUCAGUUGAAGUGUUUGUUGGUUUUUUAUGCAGACGCUUGAACAGGUACUGGAAUCUGUAUUCACACUGGUUCAUUUCACAUAAAUAGAUAGACCAAGUCUUAUUUCCACAGUUGGAUAUCAGCUUUAAUCAAGAAGUCUAUGAAGCUUAGGAAGGAGGUUAUGGCCUCGAUCCUGACCUAUUAAAGGUAGUAGAUGCUCUGGUGCUUAACACUGCAAUGCUUUUACUGUUCUUCUCACAACAAAAUUUACUGAAGUAUUUAAACUGUCAGCAAGGCAAGAGUUGGAUGCCCAAGAGCGAACUAUCCAAGAGCCAUCAAACUGAGCCAUACAUUGCCUGGCCUAAACAGCCUGUCAUAGCUCAAAGCACAUUCCUCUCCUUAGUGUAAACAUCUCUUUUCUAUAAAACAAAGGUGUGCAAGGUGUCCUGCAGCCCCUUUUUGUCUAGCAACUCAGGUGCUACUGCACUCAGAGCUGCCUGGAUUCUUAACAGGGUUUAGAGUUUCUAUUAACACUUUCUUACCAGGAAAGAGAUGAGACUCAGCUAAGAGGCCCCUGUGCAGCUUCCAGGGAAAUUCUGAUGGUUGAAACUGUGAGCCCAGAUGGGGCUGUGGACAUUUCACAUGUCCACUUAAGCAUCUCGAUCCUUGUCAGAACAUGGCCUAGAGCUUUGUUUAGAAUAUUAAUUUAAUUUAGUACUUGUGCUUUCCAGUUCUUAUUACAGCCCCACUCCAGGUUACCUCAGAAAGGCUCAAGAAGAGACUCCAUACUCACUAGCUGUUUUACUUGUUCACAUAAGUAGUUUCAAAAUUUCAGUUCAGAUCUUUGCAGCAAUUUUUCCUGAAAUGGGUAUGGAGAAAUUAUUGCAUCUAUAACAACCCUAUUUACACAUACUGGUAUUAAAAUAAUGUUCAUUUUGCUCGCAUUCUUAGCAGAGAAGCAAAGAGCUUAUUGAAAAUGAAGGGAGUGAACAACAUUCUUUCUGAGUCAUUUCCUCCAGGGCAAGUACUGUAUCACCUAGGUGCUAUCAGCAUGAAAGCGGCAGUACCUUUUCUGUGUACAUUCCGUUAAUAACAAUCUCUUUUUUGUCGCGCUGCCUCCUCCGUGCUCUUGCACCACUGUUAAACACAUCUACAUUUUUUCAAAGAAAGCACAUUAGGAUAUUUUCUCAAUUUUGUUUCUGUUAAAACUAUUGUCUACCUUACUUGCCUGGUUUUCUCUCAGUGCUCUGAGUUUGGAUCACUGAAAAACAAACAUAGGCACUAAGAUUACAAAGUUUUGAGGUGAAAUGUAUUUUAAAGGAAGAAGAGCAUGAUUUGGAGACCAUUAAAAACUGUUAACAGUUGUUACAGACAAAAAUGUGAGUACUGGGUAAUGUAAGUGAAAAUAAUUCGCUAGACCAGCACACUGAAGAGCAACCACAGAAUGCAGACAUUCUUAAGCCUCUGGAAACAACACAAGACUAUUACACUGACACUGUACUAAGCAUAUUUUGGCUUUUGCCACCUAACUGAUGUUACCCAAUAUGUUAAAACAGCACAAGUUUGACUUUGACUUGAGGUGCAGCUAAAGUUGAGUUCUAGGCUGACACUAAUACAAGCCACUUAUCUGACCUAAGACUCUGUGGAUUUGCACGCAUUUAACCCACACUCCCAGUUUUGUCAGAUCUCUUUCUGUACUACAGACCCAUACUUUAUUGCCAAUCAUCCUUAGAAUUGCACUGUAAAAGCAGGUCUAGACUAGCUCUAAGGACCUAUGCGGUCUACAAAAGUCAUAAUUUACAAGCCAAAACUCGACUGAUAGCCAAGUAUUGAAGAAUGAUGCAUUUUGACAACAAUCAGGAAAUACGAUGAAGCUCUGAACUCACAACUUUCUGUAGGAUUUUCACAUUAAAACCUUAAGAUCUUAGUACCACCACCAGCUAAGAUGAAUAAUUACUUCUAAGUCAUCAGGAUCCAUUUUCUGCACAGUGCAUUGUUGUCUAGCUCCAAGAUUCAAAAUCAAGUCACAGCUACGUUGCUCCACUAUUGUCAGAAGCACAAAAUGAAGAGUUCAAGCUGCCAGUUGUUUGACACGGCCUCUGAAACUGUCUUAUCUCCUUUGUGCCUGAUCGAUGGUCCCACUGUUGCUUAGCUCAUGCAGCUUUUGUCCCUCCAACUUUGAACAUCUCAGAGCAGAUUCCUUCUAAAGAAUCGCAGCGACACUGAAGGCUAGCUGGUUAUCCAAAAAGCCAAACCAGCAGGAAGGAUAAAAUCUAAGACCGUGGCUUUGAACUUAGGAUCUACAGACUUUCUAAAAAGCCACCACAAAUAACUCUCAUGGAAGUGGGUGGGAAGGGGUGCACGUAGAUAUAAUAUUGUUCAAUGCAGAAAUUUACAGGAUACAUAUUUCUCUGAAUCAGUGAAUAUCUU